AUAGCCUGCUGCUUUAUUCACGUCAAGAAACGUUUUUUUACGGUCAACAUGGACGAACUAUUGAAUUCGCGGCUCACUAUGAAUGGCUCUAAGUACAAAAGCUCACUGGAACGAAUCAUAGCCAAGUAUUCAAAGCUUCACUACCAAGAUGGGGCUCUGGAAGUGGACCUGGGCGAAACCAAUUGCGAAACAUUACGACAAUACAUGAGGCAGUCUAAAGCAGAGCUCACCCAGCUGGAGUCAAAGAGCCUGACCGACUUAAGCGAGGAAUCAAUGACAGCCCAGGACGUUUCAAAAGGCUCUCAGUCUGACGUCUCGUAUGAAGGUGGUGGAGCUGACGAGACUUGUGUCUCCACCUCUCGGGCGCCUCUGGAGGACAACGGUUGGUCUAACAGCGACUCUACUGCUCUGACCAUCAGCUCACUGGAUGAGAACCAGAGCGUUUCUGAGAUGGAUGUUCAGCCCGAGGACCAAGACCAGGAGCUGGAAAUGAGCCUGAGGAGCCACAGCGGCUCUCUGGUGGAGCUCUACCCCGACAUGAUCAGCCGAAUAGGAAAGGCGUGGCGGCGGCAGCACGUCUUCGAGGCCGCCGACACCGUGCUGAGGAGGUACCGCAGGUGGAGGCGUCACACGGGCAGAAGCAGUCUCGGCACCACCUUCAUCGUCCAGAUGAGACACAGGAAUCCAAACCACGAAGCAGACCGCACGCUGUCGGAGGAGAGCAGAAGCAGCCCGGGGAAAGGGCAGUGUGUGGGGGGGGAGACCGCCCACUGGUCCCCCUCGAGGACGCUGUCUCCUCGGGGGACACGUCGAGAACUGCACCAGCCGGUCCUCGUUAUGGACUUCUCUGGUCCCUCUGAGCCCUUCGAGCCAAGAGAGAGCUCACUGAACGAGACCUUCACGGUGUCCCACGCCUUCCAGCUGGGGGAACCGCCCUCUUUUCGCCUGGGGGAACCGCCCUCUUUGGGGCCAGGUGAACCGCCCACUUUCCGCCUGGGGGAACCUCCCUCUUUCCGCCUGGGGGAACCGCCCUCUUUCCGCCUGGGGGAACCGCCCUCGGCGUGCACGGCGCGGCCCUGCCAUCCCGGGCCUCCCAGGUCCAGGAGGCUGCCGCUCAACGCACACUCGCUGCAGGCGGAUGUCUGCUCCACCUACGCAACGGAAACCUCCAAAGAAAGAUCGGACUUCUACGGCUCUCCGGUCCGGCAGAGUCCUGCGUGGGCGGGGGCCGGCCUCGGCAGAUCUCCCCACGGCUUCUCCAGGAGCCCCAAACGCUCCUCCUCGGAGAGCCGGCUGAUCUCCACCCCUCCGUGGAAGCCAGCCGUUCCCCCUGCAGACGCGCAGUCCUGGCUCCACUCGCAGGCGGGCCGCCUCUCCUUCGACCCCUCCCUGCCGCCCGCCCCCGUCUCCUACUCCCCGAAGAAGCUCGACGAGGACUUUCUGAAGCUCUACCACAAGUUUGUGUGCCAGAGCAGGUCGUCGUCCUUCAGCGGGCUCCCCUGCCGCUUCUGUGCCAGAAACUCGGAGGCCGGCGGAGCUGCUUCUUCCUCGGCCCUGGCGGCUCUCGCCCUGUCGCCCCACCGCUCCCUCCUGAGGAAACGCCACAGGGAGCUGGACCGGGACGCGCACCCCCAGUCCAAGCGCUACAGGGACGAGCACUGCCCGUCCUCCCCGGGCUCCAAGCGCUACGGCAGAGAGAUGCUGAGGCGCCGUCUGCUUCAGCCUCAACACGCCGCCGGGCCGCCCGCCGUGUGUCACAAGCUGAGCUUGCGGCGGCGGUCAGCAGACGCACAUCAGUAGGUCUGAAGGAGUCGAGAGGAUCUGCCUGCACUGAGCUGAGGUCACUCGUGCACCUCCAAUAAACCGCUUCUGUGUAACUGAAGUAAAUGGAUUAAAACCCCGUUUUAUUCUGACCCUUGAGGGGGCGGGGCCUAAUGAAUGCUCCUUGACCUCGCUCAGGUCAUUCAAACCAUAACAACACUUUAGGAGACACAGGUCUGUAAAACGGAGCGAUGAUCACUUUGUUCUUUUAAAUCGCAGGACGUUUAUUGGGGGGGGCAGCCUCUGGUUUUUCAUGUUUUAUCUUGAGGAAACGGUGACUGCUGUCAGUGAGAAGUUUCUUCUCUUGGUGGUUUUCGGAGAUGUUGAUGAUUUGUAGCUCAAACUCUUUUUAAUUGUCUCAAUGGCUUUUUUUUU